AUGAAUUUGCACCCAGACAGGUUUGGAAGUGCAAAUGGGCAAUCAGAUGGCUCAAACAACGUUAAUGGUGGUGGUGUUAAAUAUAAAGAAAACAAUAUAGGUUUUACUGAAGGCGAUCGUCCUGCUGCUAAAGUGCCAGAAAUGAUGAACCUAAACAAUUUAGAGAAUGCAUCUUCUCAGUCACUUUUUAAUAUUGUGCAUAAGAUUCUUGAUGACAGCAUUGAGAACAGGAAAGAUGAUGUACCAGAUAGAGUUGCCUGUCUAUUGAAGAAGCUUGUUCAAAUGAUUGAGCAACGGAUUUCGAAACAAGCAGAGGACUUCAAGAAGCAAAACAAUCUAUAUAAGACUCGAGAAGAGAGGUAUCAAUUGAGAAUUAGAGUGCUUGAAACUCUUGCAACCGGGGCUGCAGAAGAAAAUGAGGUCAUUAUGAAUCAACUCCAGCAUAUAAAGGCUGAGAAGAUUAACAUAGAGGAGAAGAAAAGGGUUGAAGAUGUAGAAUUAGUUAGGCUAAGGAAAGAGAAUGAUGACGCUAAUUUAGAAAUAUCAGAAUUAAAGCAGGAAUUAGACGUCACACGGGAUACAUAUGAGAAGCGUUGUCUACAGCUUGAAACCGAUGCUAUGGAAAUUAAAUCUGAGCUAGAGAAGAAGAUGCUGGAUCUCGAGAAUCUUCUCACUGGUUCAAGGAAGAAGGUGAAAGAACUUGAAAAGUUUACGGAAUCUAAGUUUCUAAGAUGGAAGAAGAAAGAACGCGUCUACAAGAAUUUUAUGGAUUUUCAAUAUGGAUCUCUACAGGGAUUGAGGACGGGUUCUGAGUCCAUUAAGCAAGAAAUUCUGAAGACACAGCAGAUUUACUCAGAAGAAAUCAAUCAAUUUGGAACGAAGAUUCAGGGCCUUGUAGAUGCUGCGCAAAAUUACCACGCAGUCCUAACAGAAAACCGGAAGCUGUACAAUGAAGUCCAAGAUCUGAAAGGGAAUAUUAGAGUUUAUUGUCGUAUAAGGCCGUUCCUUAAGGGUCAAAGCCAAAAGCAGACAACUAUAGAGUAUAUUGGUGAGAAUGGGGAGUUGGUUGUUACAAAUCCCUCAAAACAAGUAAAAGAAAGCCACCGACUCUUCAAAUUCAAUAAAGUCUUUAGCCCUGCAGCAACACAAGAGGAAGUCUUUCUUGAUACUCAACCACUCAUCCGAUCGGUGCUUGAUGGCUAUAACGUGUGCAUAUUUGCAUAUGGUCAAACAGGCUCCGGGAAGACAUAUACUAUGACGGGGCCUAACAUAUCAUCUCCUGAGGACUGGGGGGUCAACUACCGAGCCCUAAAUGAUCUGUUUCAUCUCUCCCAAUCUAGGAGAAGCUCAUUUGAAUAUGAAAUUGGUGUGCAAAUGGUCGAGAUAUAUAAUGAGCAAGUUCGUGAUUUGUUAUCGAGCGAUAGUACUCAAAAAAGACUUGGGAUAUGGAAUUCUACCCAACCAAAUGGGUUAGCUGUCCCUGAUGCUAGCAUGCACCCUGUUACAUCAACUGCAGAUGUCCUGGAGUUGAUGCAUGUCGGGUUAAUGAAUCGGGCCGUAGGUGCCACCGCCUUGAACGAAAGGAGCAGCCGGUCUCACAGUGUCUUAACUGUUCAUGUUCGCGGAACGGAUUUGGAGACGAAUGGCGUACUGCGUGGUAACUUGCAUUUGGUUGAUCUUGCUGGAAGUGAAAGAGUGGAUCGAUCUGAAGCAACCGGGGAAAGAUUACGAGAAGCUCAACAUAUCAACAAAUCUUUAUCUGCUCUUGGGGAUGUUAUUUAUGCCCUCGCACAAAAGAGUCAACACGUGCCAUAUAGAAACAGUAAACUAACUCAAGUUCUUCAAAGCUCUUUAGGGGGUCAAGCAAAGACUCUUAUGUUCGUACAGCUCAACCCUGAUGUGGAAUCUUUCUCGGAAACUAUAAGUACGCUGAAGUUUGCUGAAAGGGUGUCUGGUGUCGAGUUAGGUGCAGCACGUAGCAACAAGGAGGGAAGGGGUGUUCGAGAACUUAUGGAACAGGUGACUUGUCUAAAAGAUGCUUUGACCAAAAAGGAUGAGGAGAUAGCACUAUUACAGGUCCGAAAAACAAAUUCUAGUGGUGAGAAGGGCUCACCAAGGUUUGGGUCUUCCUCUCCAAGAAGGCAUUCAAUUGGGGGAUUACAGAUACAGCCUAACGGAACUCCUCCUUAUGUUAAAAGUUUAGGAUUUCGUUCAAAAGCAGUUUCUGGUAUUGACAAUUGUUCAGAGUUCAGCGAUAAGCAAUCUGAAUCUAGUUCUCAGCGGUCGACUGAUGAGUUUAGACACCAUAAAGAAGUAGUAGAUGGUGGUCUAGGUUUGUCUGAAGAUGGCGAAUCUAGAUUUGGUAUCGUAAAUGCCAUUCAAGAUCUUAAUGAUGAUAUCGAGCUUGUGGGAUUAGGGGAUGCAGAUUCUGAUGAGAGGUUAAGCGAUAUAUCUGAUGGCGUUCUUUCGAUGGGAACAGAGACCGAUGGUUCACUGAGUAGCAUUGUUGAGUUCACUUUUUUCCCCGAGACUGCAAAAGCACCUGUUGACCACCAGGAGAAGCCGAAUGUACCAGCUAAACUUCCAAGACCCCCACAAAAGAUGGCAUCUUCUUCACGAAAACCGGUGCGGCCAGCUUCAUCCUCACAACGGCAGGGCCUAGCCACACCUUCUUCACAACGGCAGGGGCUAACCGCACCUUCUUCACAACGGCAGGGGSUAACAGCACCUUCUCGACCUUCAUUAACCAAGGGUGUUUCAUCAAGUUCUAGUGCUAAAAAGUCAAGUUCUGCACUUAAAUCCGGUGGAAGACGAUGAACAUGAAUCUUAAUUGACACUACGACUGUAACGUAAGAUAGGUUAGCAUCCCUCUCAUUCAUAUGGAAAAACACUUGUGUGCUUGUCAACUUAUCUGGAAAUAUAUUUAGAUUGGAGUCAACUUUCUUGAUUGACUCCUGAAAAUUCGGAAUGCUUAUGAUUUCAUUUUUCAAUCUAUCAUUUGAUACUU